CCUUGAUAUUAACCGCGGAAUUGAACUCGUGAACUGAUAAAUCGGAUAUUAAUCGCGGAAUUGACUUCGUGAACUGAUAAAUCUAGGAUCCUAGUGUUUUGAGAUUGUUUAUUACUAUUGGCCAAUAGUUAGUAUACAGCUGUUAGAGUUUUAUUGCAGUUUGCAAUUUUUUGCUAAAAGUUAAAGUUUGUUUAAUAUCUUGACGAAGAAAGAGCUGUGAAGAGCAUUAAAAGUGGUUGUUUAAAAGUUAAAUUCUUUUGCACUGAGUCAGUUCGUGUGUGUGUUACAUAAUUGGCGACCUUGCCAGGACCUACUCGAAAAGUAGAGGCCUGAAACUAAAAAAAAAAAAACAUCUGCUCGUGCAAGUUGAAUUAUUAAAUAUAUUUUAGUGUUCUUCAUAGCUGGUGUUUAAACAGGUUUAAUUUUAGUAUUUCAUUCUGAGAGUCAACAACUGAUUUGUGUGUUGCAUAAUUUGUGCAUUGCAUUGUCAAAUUCAAACGUGCCACAGCACGCAAGUUUUUUUGAUAUUGAAAUUUUGUUUUGUGUUAAUUCAAUCGUAAAUACAAAAUGCCUGACUGUUCAGCAGAGCUUCGGGAAUUAGGUUUGUCAUGGUGCAAAAAGGAAGAUUUACGUGUUACUCAUUGUUUUCUUCUUGUCAGUGCAACCACGGUACAUUUUCCCACAGAUGACAUAGCCCUUGCUUUAUAUCAGACCAUAAACCAUCUCGCUAGUGUUUCGCGCCAGGAUAGAGACAGCCAAACUCUUCUUCUCGUCGAAUUUGACCUUGCCAUGAAGGAUGUCGAACUUCCUCUUGAUGGGAGGAUUCGACUUGAUAUUUCCGAUGAACAAAUUGUGUUCACAAUUCAACAAUUUAACUCCCCUCGUGAAAAGGUAACAAUAGCGGACUUAAUGUCGCGAGGUUUGCUGCCGUCGUCGUCCAAAGACUUGCCAUCCUCAGCAGAGAAACAACCUGAAAAUCAUGGAGAAGAAAUGAAAUCCACAGCAAAUGGAUCAAAGGAUGUUGCAGUGGGGUUGAGAGAGGCGCUGUCUAUGUGCAAAAUAUCAAACAGCCGAAGACUUCCUUCUUUUUCUGGAUCUAAGCAGCCAGCCCGAGAUGAAGAAACCUUUGAUCUGUGGGUGGAAAUUGUCCAUGGGCAAUUAGAAGAGGAAAGCGAUGAAGGAGAGAAGAGAAAGAGACUAAGAGAAGCACUGCGUGCCCCAGCUGCAAAUAUGAUCACUGACUAUAGGAGAGACAACCCACAAGCCACAGCAGCUGAUUACCUAACUGCUUUAGAACUUGCAUUUGGUGACACACAAUCAGCAGAGGAGUUGGGAAUCAAGUUUCAUCAGCUACAUCAGAAGAAAGAAGAAAAGCCCUCAGACUUUCUGACACGCCUUCAGGGUCUUCUUCGGAAGCUGAUUCGAAAAGGGGGUGCACUACCGGAUUCAGCAAACUCACUGCUGUUGUCUCAGUUCAUUCGUGGAACACUAUACAACGACAUGAUGCUUAUCAACCUCAGACUGAAGGAUAAAGUGAAAACACCACCUACGUAUCUAUCUCUUCUUCAGAUGGUGAGGAGAGAAGAGGCCGAACAAGCAGAAAAGAUCAGCCAUAGAGAGCCCGAGUCUGUUUCCAACCCAUCUGCAGUCUCCAUCCCACAACAACAACCUAAAACACAGGCCAAAAGUUGUAAGUUUGACCAGAGAGGUGAUAAAGGCAGAGCAAAUCAGCGUCCAAACUUUUGUUUCAAGUGCGGUUUGGAAGGCCACUACCGUCCAAAAUGUGCCAAUCCAUCCGACCCAGAUAAAGUCAGCGAAAGGUUUAUCCAAUUCUAUCUUCAGGGAAACGGGAAAGGGCAUUCCAAAGAGGCCGAUGCGAUGCCCCAACAGAACUAAGGCCAUGCAGUAC